UACAGACAAGACUCGAAGGCUGAUUGGUCUCUUCCUCACCCGAUCGUAUCCUUAUAGAGGCACGAGAGAGUACAGUGGCUGUAAGUUUGACCAUGGGCACUAUGGUGGCCAACUACAUUUUGUGUUUCCCGAUCGUCGUUGCGCGACACCGAUUACAAGCUUUCCCAAUACCAGGACGUAGUGACUCGCCACUGGCGUUUGUAUGUUCAUUUCGACGCAUGUAUCGUACACGAGGCCUUCCAUCAAUGUAUUCGGGUAUUGGUUUCGGUCUCCUCAGCCAGGCAGUUACAGGCGCAUAUGAUUCGUAUUAUGGCAAACCCCGGGGGACUGGGAUUCUUCCAUUUGUAACAAAGACAUGUCUAGGAACAGGAUUGUUUGUCCUGUUAUAUCCAUUUUAUCGAAGUGCAUUAAUCGUUCGAGUCCAGGCAGCGGGCACUCACAAGUUAAUACGAGGUGUCAAGGAUUUCAUUUUUUCAUAUACACAUUGCCUUGCACGCUUUUUCACUUUUCGACGCAUCAGCCAUUCUCAACAACAACAACAACAACCUCUACAUAUCUUGUCUGUCUUUAUACCGUCCUGUCUGACCCAGAUUUUGACCGAAAAACUAUUGCUUUUCUUAUACCAACGGAUUUACCCCUUUGUCUCCUUUCGAAAACCAUUCAAUUCGUGGUCAUCGCGACGGUCACGAUUACUUCAACAGCAGCAACAAAAUCAUCAUCACCGUAGAUCACGACGCCACGCGGUAGAAGAUUCAAGGAUCGCCUUGGAAUCGACUUUACUCGCCGAUCUCGAUCCAACGGGUGUUGUUGGUGGUAGUGGUAACAUUGUCAAUCCAUCAUCAGCAGCAGCCGCUGCUGCUGUUGCUGCAACUUCUUCUUCGAGCGGUGGUAGCAGUAGUGGACGAAGACGAGAAGACGCCAAACUAUUACGGACAUUUUAUCCAGAAAUGGUGUCCGGUAUAGCAAGCAGCAUUAUCACACGAGCCAUAAGUUUCCCCGUCGACACGGUCGUAUUUAAGCUGAUGCUUCAAGACACUGGAAUGCAGCCAAUUCCUACAUACUAUACUGGGUUCUUUGACUGCGUCAAACAAACUUGGAUGGAAGGCGGAUGGAAGGCAUUUUUCCCUGGUUGGGGCGGCUUGGUCGUCGAGAUUGUUGUCAGUUACCUGGUUUUGGAAGGGUCUUGGAUGGUAUAUCGUGCGGCCGACUGGAAAUUAAGUACAUAUCCUAGUCAAGAACCACGGAGUGUUCGAAAAGCACGGCAUCUCCGUGAAAGAAUGAACCAUAAUCGUAAUAGGAGUAACUCAUAAUAAUUUACAGCGUUGGCUUUGACCGUGUAAAGUAAAAACAAGACAUGGAAUUGUACCAAUGACUCGUACCCACUUGACUUCAAAAUCGUCUUAGCCACCAGCUCUUUUCUACGCAAAUAUCUUGGUUCACGCCAGUUCCCAGUUUUGUUUAUGUCGAUAGCAUUCAUUUGUUGAUACUCACGAUGUUGGGCUCGCUCUUGUGUAUACAGUAUUCUUCACUUAAUUCGAACCGAAAAGAGGUGCUGCGUUAAAAGAGCUGAAGAUUUACGUGAAAUGAGAGAGUUUUAAGCAUCAGUAUGUAUGAUAUAU